UCAUUUUAUUAUCAAAGGGUUUUAAUUUUUUGAAUCUUUUAAUUAGCAUAGGUGGCAUCGAUGCAACGAUCCAAAUCAUUUUAUAAUGUUGGAAGUAGCACGCUCAUAUGCAACUCCGACCUUGAUACCACCAGCCACCAGCUAGCCUCUUCCCUCACAAUUCUGCAUCUUAUAAAUUGAGAAAUCCAUUAAAUCAAACCCUUUAGGCCUUAUAUUAUCCGAACAAAUUGCUCCAAGCUCAAUAGCUUCUUUCCUUCGAACACCACAUCAUUAACUAGUUAAUUAAUCAUGUACAAAUCAGUAGCAGCCUCCUCCGACUACCAACCUGCACCUCCCCAGCCACUUAAACCUCCCAUCGAAUGGUCUACCGGCCUUUGUGAUUGUUUCUCCAACUGGAGCAACUGUUGCAUAACGUUCUGGUGUCCAUGUGUUACAUUUGGGCGAAUUGCAGAGAUUGUUGACCGGGGAUCUACUUCUUGUGGUGCUAGUGGGGCUUUGUAUGCACUGAUUACAAGCUUAACUGGAUUUGGGUGGUUAUACUCAUGCUUCUACAGCUCCAAGAUGAGAGCGCAAUACAAUUUGAAGGGAAAUGAUUGCUUGGAUUGCUUGACUCAUUUCUUCUGCGAGCCAUGUGCAUUGUGCCAAGAGUAUCGACAGCUUGAAAAACAAGGAUUUAACAUGGUCCUUGGUUGGCAUGGAAAUGUUGAGCAACAGACACAAGGAGUAGCCAUGACUUCAACAGCUCCAACAGUGGAACAGGGCAUGAACCGUUGAAAUGAGGAUUCAUGUUCAUGUGUAGUUCUAUAAUUUACACAAGUGUGUGUGUCUAUCUUUUUUAUUUCCCAUUUUACUGUGUCAUGUGUUACUGUGUUAAAUGUGACAUUAGCUGCAAUAUGUAUCUAGAACUAGAAUUCUCAAAAUGUGAUGCGAGUUGGACCUCCAUUCUGUAUGAAAAUUCUGUAAUUGAGUUAAAGGAGACUUCUUUUAGUUGCAGAAUAUUAAAGGAGUAAUGUAACAUU